AUGUCAAGUGCUGAGGCUAGUGAUUCUCCAAGUCUCCAUGAAGUUCCAGGAGAGGUCCCAGAGGUUGUAAACAGUUAUUCAACUAGUAGUGACGUAAAAUCUAGUUCUGAUGAUAAAAAAGAUGCUGAAAAUCCAGAUGCAGACUUAGAUGAAGAAAAAGAAAAAGCAAAUCAAGAAGAGACCAGAGUUGGAAGAUUUGCUACAAUUAUUAAUCUGUUGAACUCUUUACUUGGUGCAAGCAUUUUCACAUUACCAGGAAAGUUCGGAGAAGUUGGUAUUAUUCCAUCUAUUGUACUAUUAGCAUUUGCUGCAUAUAUUGCUUAUGUGUGUUCGAAGAUCUUAGUAAAAAUCGAGCAAGAUCUCGAAGGCGAUGGACUUGAUGAUAUUGCACUCAAGGUAUUUGGUCAUGGAGGACAAGUUUUUGUAUCCAUUAUUUCAUUAAUUUUCUGCAUUGCAAGUAAUAUUGCAUAUGUCGUAAUCUCAUGCGAUGUUAUACAGCAGUGGAUUGAGUUAAGUGGUAUUACAGUAGCAUAUUGGAUACGUGUUGGAAUCACCUUCGCUUAUAGUGUAGUACCUGUUGGUUUAGCUAUUCCGAAGAGUCUUAAGUUCUUAUCGUACUUCUCAUCAUUAACAAUAGGUAUCAUGCUCUUCUAUAUCCUUGUUGUUAUUAUCAAGUUCCCAACAGUUAUCAAGACAAUGGAUCUUAAAGAUCCGUCUUUCUCUCUUGGGCGUGCAGGCCUUGGUAUAUUCUCUGCCCUAUCCAUGUUCUUCCUUAACUUCACCCUUCCAAUCACUACCCUUCCUAUUGUUAACAAAUACAAUAAGGAUUUACGUAAGCGUUACAUAUCUCUUCUUUGGACAUGCGCAUCGUGUUUAUUCAUCCUUGUUAUCCCUUCAAUUCUUGGAUAUAUGAUGGUCUUCAAUGAAUCAGAGUCCAAAUUGAUCUUCUCAUACGAAAAGUUCCAAAAGGAUGUAUUGUUCAACAUCCUCAAAGCAGGCUGCUUCCUUGCUGUAACAUGUUCCUAUCCAGUUCUCAACAAGCCAAUUAUGGGUGCUUGGUCGCAAUUAUUCUUUAAGAUCAAUGACCCGGAUAUUCUCCCAGUAAAGAAGCUUGCAAUUGUCCAUGUUGUUGCACAUACAAUUCCAGUAUGUAUUGGAGCAUUCUAUCCAAAGAUCAUGGAUAUUCUUGAUUACACAGGAUCCUUUGGCUGCAUUAUUAAUGUCACAAUCCCUGGCCUUCUUUGGUAUAUACACUAUAAGCCAAAAGUCAAUUCAUUUUAUUUCUGGGGUUGCUGGUUCCUUACAAUCUUCGGAAUAUUCCUUGCAAUUGCAAUUAUUGCUAUGCAAGUGAAAAGUAUGGUCAAAUAA